AUGGUGGAAGAGCAUCACCAUGUAACUGAAUCCUUUGACGAAGCUCCAAAAUGCGAGAAGAACUCCCCAAUUGAUAUGAACGAAUACGGUUCAAGAAAAGGCUUAGACCAUCGAGAAGUAACCAGCAUCAUCAUGUACGUUUCUACUGGUCUUGUUGUGUUGAUGAUUGUGGCAGGCGGUGUUUGGAAUUUGAUGAAGACAAGGAAUCUUCCCAGAAAAAAGGAAGGUAAGAGAAAGGUCUGGUUUAAAGGAUUCAUUCAUUACUUUCAAUUUCGGUUCAAGAUCACAAUUUUUCUUGUCUCAGGUAAACAAUACCGAUACCCAGAAAGGUAAUAAGCUAUUCUCGCCUCAUCUGAAUUCCGGAGUCCGGGCAGUUUUUGCCCGCUUAAUUUUGGAAUCCGAAAACCAGGAACAAUUUGGCUUGUGGAAUCCGGAAUUCUGGGCUUUGGAAUAUGGAAUACCAGUCAAGGAAUCCGAAAUCCUACUUAAGAUUGGAAUCAAGAAUAUAUAAGUUUCACGGACAAAUAGUGGAAUCCAUCCGGAAUCCACAGCCUGUAAUCCAGAAUCCAAGACUGUCUUGGAUUUCCUUACAUAGGGUGAUUGUUCGUCACGUAGGCUCUAUUCCUUCUUCCAGCCCUUAUAUUCAUUUUCUUGUUUCAGGUAACGUUGGAGACCAUGGGAGUGUAGAAAUGAAUGCGACAGAGGAAGAAAUAGAAAUCAGAGUGAUCAAAGAAGACAAAGAUGUGAGGAGAAGCUUGGAGGCCCCUUCAACAACUGAAGUUCAAUUAGAAUAA